AUGGCGAAGACUUUCUCUGAACUCCGCGCCAUAGGUGAUAAACAUAUCCAUAUUUGCAACAGUAACAAAUGGAGUUACAUGGGCAUGAACCAAGCAAGACAGGAAAAGAAGGAAAAUGAAGGCAACACAAUGACUCAAAAAGAAGAGAUGGUUCUACAAAACAGAAUGGUUAGAAUCAAAUUGGCACCAUUUACCAUCUUAUCAUUCGAGAAUAAGGUGAAGCUGAGCAUAUCUGAAGGAAGGGUCUACAAAGAUUACAACAAGCCAACACAUGAUACACAACUAGAUCACCAACUCAUCCUAAUCCUACCAAGUCCUAAAAGCACAAGGCUUAAUCUAAUUUCUAUUUCACAAACACCUCUUGUUACCUGGUUGACACUUUCAGCUGCCCACAUCCUAUAA